AUGGCAGACAGAAAAUUCAAAACAAAAAUGAAAAUCAUUUUUCUAUUGUCAACAUUAUCCGGUGCAUUGCCAGUCAGAAGACGCCCGCACUGCCACGCCUGCUUUAACGGAAUGUGUCACAGUCGCUCCACUGUAUUCACUGCUCAUAAAUUUUCCGGCCAGCUCGCCGUCGACCGAACUGCCAACAUUCUCUACUUUCACUAUCAAACAAACCGUUCGAUAGACCACACUGGAUCUUUCGAUUUGAAUGAUAUCAAAUUCAAAGUUCUCCCGAAAAUCGGUUUUACUUUCGGCCGGGCCGUCGACCAAUCUACAAGAGAGGUUUUCAUGUCGGGAACCGUCGGCAUCCACAAGUAUAACCCAAAAACGAACACGGUAAAAUCAAUUGGCUUAACAGACAAAACCAUUUGGCAUUUGCAGUACAAAGAUAAAAUUUACUAUUCGGAAUUUAAAUCGAAAGGUAUUUUUACGUACGAAAAGAAUAAAAUAAAAAGUAUUAAGGCGCUAUCUAAUUUCCACGUCGAUGAUUUUGUUAUUGAUAAACAGAACGAUAUAUACUUUUUGAGUGAUUCGAUGAUUUAUAGGCUGAAGAAUGGCACCAAAACCGCAGAUUUUUUUAUAGACGAAAUAUUCUCACUCGCCACCGACAAAAAAGGCGAUGUGCACUUCAUUCAACCAGGUAGUAGAACUGUUUAUAUACUGGACUACAGUAAAGAUAGUUUGACUGAAUUAGGUGCAAUUGGAAAGGGCACGCCAUUUAGCGUUGUUUUUGACGCCGACAACAAUAUGAUAUACCAUGAUGUAGACGAUGAAAAGUUGUAUUAUUUGAUGCCAAACUACAGUUUGUGUACAGUUACGACGAGAGGAAAAGGAAAAAAUGUCAAAAAGUUCGUUUCGAUGAGAAAUGAAUAA